GGCAAAGGUAAAAAAUCUUUCUCGAACUCGAUGUACAGCUUUCAGUUUUUUUGUCCGUUUUACUGUUGCUAGAACACGCGAUGCUGUGCAUUUAGACCAUCCAAAUUCAUUUUUAGUGCUGUUUGAAGACUUUUAAAGCCCGUUUCUCUCUCUAAAAAGUUUAUCUUUGUUCUUGAUUGUCCUAAUCUAUCGAGGGGUUCACUGUUGUCACACGCUGAAAGUGUCAAUUUUUCCAGAUACAGACUGCUGAAGCUGUAAUAGAAGCCACAACUUGGCUUAUUACAUUGAAUUUCAAUAGCUGUCACCAGUUAGCUUCACAAUAUGGACCAGCAAAAAUCUGUCCAUGAGGUUGUUAAUUACGAAAAACAGAUGCUCACAUUGAUGUAUUCCAAAGGCAUUUGGAAUUGGGACAAUGAUGUUCUUGAGCUUUACCGGAAAAUCCGCACCAUAUACGAAAAUGCUCUGUUGGACAUGAAUCAGUUGAUCGAGCAUCAAGUAACUGAGUACCACUUGUGGAGGCUUCAUUAUCAGCUCAUAGACGAAUUCCGUAAAAAAAUUAGAAAACGAUCCAAUAAUGCAGAAACUGUGAAAAAGGACAAUUUACCAAAAAGUAUCGAUUCAGAGAGAAACAUUGAUAAGGAGGGGUUGAAAGGAUUUGUGGCAUUUGUAUCUGAGGCAAAUGAAUUUUAUCAAAAGCUGAUUAUAAAAUUUUGGAAUAGUCGUGGGCUCAUGGGAGAGGUUUUCCUAAACAAUGAGGACCGUGUUGCAAUUUCUGCUGAGCCACAAAAGGCAUAUGCUUGUGAAUACACGUGCCACCGAUUAUUGAUUUGUCUCGGGGACCUUGCUAGAUAUGGUGAGAUAGUCAAGAGAUCAGAAGCCUGUGAUUGGUCAAUUGCGGCUAAGUAUUAUUUUGAGUCAACCAGAACUUGUCCAGAUAGUGGAAAUCCCCAUAAUCAGUUGGCUUUACUGGCAACAUAUGUUGGUGAUUCUUUUCUUGCAUUAUACCAUUGUGUAAGAAGCUUGGCGCUCAAGGAGCCUUUUCCCGAUGCCUGGAGAAAUAUUAUGCUACUUUUCGAAGAGAACAGGUCAACCGAGUUGCGAUUAAUUUCCAGCCAGAUGAAGCUCGACUUUUUAAACCCUUCCAAGAAAAUUUAUUCUUCAAAGACGUUCCAUGAAGAGAAUAACUGUGCACGUGACAAUACAUCAGAAAACACGGAGAAGAAAUUUUCCGGAAAUCCCAAAUUAUGGCCCCUUCUUGUCAGAACUAUAAGCUUCCUUCUAGUCAGAUCUAGUUUGGACGACUUUCCGUGCACUCUUGCUUCUGCCUUGCACAGCUUAGAAGCUUUAUUGAUAGCAAAUAAAUCAAAACUCACCAUAUCUUUGGAGUCGUACCAAAGCCUAGACUCUUCCAGGAAAGGCCCUUAUCGCGCUAUUCAACUAGUCGCCAUAUUCAUCUUCGUUGCCUAUAGCCUGACCGAAAGCCCAGAAAGAGACGAGUCAAAGUCAACCGAAAAACGUGAAGAAAAACACUCGGAACUUAAAUCACUAGCAUUUUCUGCUAUGUUCAUUUGCAUGGGCCGGUUUACUGAGAGAUGCAUGGAAAAAAGCAGUCGUGUGGAGAGUUGCCCACUUCUACCGGCCGUGCUUGUAUUCAUAGAGUGGUUAGUGGGUUCACUUGGCAAUAUCAAAACUUAUUACAAUGCCGACAAAAGGGUUGCAAAUGCUUUGUCUUACUUUCUCAACACUUUGGCCGACCUUUUAGACCGAGUCGAACAAAUUGAAGACAAACCCUUUACGGAUAACACUGCACUAUGGGAGGAUCACGAGCUAAGGGGUUUUUACCCGUUAUCACACGUUCAUCAGACACUGAAUUUCGAAACUCGCUAUGAUUGUGCGGAGAUAUCCAUAUUUAGAAACGAAUGCAGGCUGCAUCGCCUGUUUACUGCUACCAAAAAAAUAAGCGAUGUCCACCGAAAUUCCGAGCUAUCCAAUUCUUUGAAUUCGGCGGGAAAAUCGUCGGCCCAAUCCUCUCACGAAUCUACUAUGGGCCUAGAAGCCCAAACCGUGACUCAUGAAGACGAGGAAGUCAUCCUUUUCAAGCCCAUCACGAGACGCAACUCGGCGCCCGUCUCAACCGACGAAUGGUUGAGAGGCGCCACGUCACUAUCCGCCGCAGGUCAGGACGCCGAAAAUGCCGGCGGCUCGUUUAGCUUCCACUCCACACCCAAUCCCACCGGACACAACGAGCAUCAUCGUGUGGGACCCCCGUCGUUGAGCGCGUGGAACAUCGAGCGGGAGAGCGGGCCCCACGGUUCAAACAACCGGAAGCUUCUAAGCCCGAUAGUAGAAGAAACCGUAUCGACAUCCCUUGGCGAACUCUCGAUCCGCGAAAGCAAGGGCCCGAAACUGACGACGACGGGGGAAAAUUCGACCAUAAUUCACGAGCCGCCUCUUCGAGCCACGCCGGUGCCCUCGGCCCCUCUGCUACCGGACAAUGCCACCUGGCUGAGGGCAAAUCCGUCUUUUUUGCCCGAGGUGGACGGUAUUCUUGGCGCGGGACCCGCUGCACGGCCUCCAUUCCUCGGCAUGAGUUCUUCCGAGUGGCUGUAUCACUAUAGGAACAGCUGUCAGAACGCGGUUCAUUUAAACGUGCCCUCGUUUGUGGAUUUGGGCCCGAACGAGCGUUUGGGCUUUGAAAUGUAUGAUCAGUGGGGAAACCAGUUUGUGUCGGGCCCGAUGAUGUACGUGGGGAGGCCCGGCCCACAGCUGUCGUAUGGGGCCGAGGGGGAAAAGAGGGAUCAGUAUUUGCUUGGGUACCAAAGGCCGUUUCCUUAUUUGCAGUACCUGAAAGAGAGAGAGAGGCAGUUGCAGCCCGGCCCGCAUAUGAUGGGCCCGACUUUUAUGGGAAACUGAGCUCGUGAUGAGUUGUGUCAAUGUACACCAUUAAUUGGCUAGUAUUUGUUUUCAUUGUUAUAAUGGUUUUCAUCGUGUGAUAUGUUGUUUGUGAGUUGCUUUCGCGGGUCUGAUGUUAAAGUGAAAUACGAACAUGAUAUGGUUGAGAUAAGUUCCUUAUCAUGUCUAACUUCAGAACAGAAUAGCCACCACUAUACUAUUUUACUUUACCAUAGUGCACAAGUAAAUGGAUUAACAUUCAUCCUGUGUUAAUAUGAUAACCAGACAUGGUUCAUUAGGUCUGAAGUUGGAUUUGUUGACAAUUUCAAAUGUCGCUGGUUAUGUGAUCAUGUGGUAAAAUUGUUAUUCAUUUUCAUUAGGCAAUAUUUAUGCAUUGUAUGCAUAUCUUUUCGCAAA